UCCUACACAUCCAUCGCAGAGUAGACACCUUCGGUACUUCCCAUUGAAUUGACCCACUCUCGUCCCACCGUAAUACGCGGGUGUAGAGUCGAGCCUCCCUUUGCAGUAACGCGUUGAUGCACCUGUUGCUAUGCUGAUGAUUUAGUGGUCCUGUCCUUUGUUGUUUUUUGUAAAAGAAGAAGCCAUGUCUUACCACCAGGGCCGUGGCGGUUCUCGUCCGGGCUUACCCCCGGGUCAGCACGGGUCCCAACCGAACUACCGACCCAGCAACCUCCGACCCCUGCCUCCCCACACCCCCCCGUCGUCUUACCACUACAGCCCUCAAACCCAUCCCAACGCCGGUUACCAAGGCAACAGCGGCGGAGGCUUCAUGCCGCCGCCGCCGAUGCCGCACUCCGACUUCAUGUCGUACCCGCCGCCCGGGACGAACAUGUCUCCCGGCGCCCUGGGUCCGGGCUCCAUGCGCCCGCCCUUCCCCAAGCCCCCCGUCCGGCAGGGGGGGUUCCCGGAGCCUCCGCCCAACUUCCCGCCGCCGCCGCUGCCGUCUCUCGCCAACCCCUCGGCCGGCCCCGGGGCCCAGCCGUCGGCCCAUAACCCCUACGCCUACAUGAUGCCCCCGGGCAUGCCCCCGCCGGCGCCCCACCCCCCCAUGCCGCCCGCCAUGCCCGCGCAGCCCGGCGGCUACCAGCAGGCGCCGUACUCGGUGGGCUACCACCAGCACCACCACCAGCAACCCCCGCCGUUCCCGCCGCCGACGUUCAGUCCCGGGUACUCCCCUGGCGGAGGGGCCGGCGCCGGGGGGCCGGGCCCGGGCCCCGGCUGGUUCAAACCAGACCCCGGCUUCAGACCAGGGGGCCAGUACAAGUACGAGAAGCCGCCGGACUGCACCCCGCAUCGCCACGACGACCAGCCCAACCGGCAGAAGAGCUACGGGUACGGCGGCGGUGGUGGCGGCGGCGGCGGGGACCGAGGCAAGACGGAGUUCAGCGCGGAGCGGAAGGAGAGGAGUCCCGACCGGCGGGGGAGGCCGGAGGCCGCCGGUCGAUACCGGUCCGACUACGACCGCGGUCGGACCCCGCCCAGACACCGGAGCAGGGAACGCGGCCGCUACUCUGACAGCAGCUCGGAAAGGCAUCGACACAGAGACAGCCGCAGGUCCCCGUCUCCUGACAGACAGAGGAAACGGCAGCGAAGCCGCUCCAACAGCAGGGAGAAGAAGAGGAGCCGGUGGGAGGGGGAGGGGGGGCGGCGGGAGGGGGAGGGGGGCCGGCGGUCCGAGAGCUCCGGGCCCGGCCGGGAGAGGAGCAGCUUCUCCUCCGCCCGGAGCAGGGACAGCGAGGACUCGUACGCCGAGCGCGACCGGGAGCGAGACCGCGAGAGGGAGCGGGAGAGAGACAAGGAGCGGGAGAGAGAGAGGGAGAGGGAGCGGGAGCGAGAGAGCAGUCAGAGGGAGAAGGGGGAGGAGGUGAAGGACGAGGAGGAGCUGCUGAAACCGGCCUGGAUCCGCUGCACCCACGCCGAGAACUACUACUCCAACGACCCCAUGGACCAAGUGGGGGACUCCACAGUGGUCGGCACCAGCAAGCUGCGGGCUCUGUACGAGCGCUUCGAGGAGGAGCUGAUCCAGAGGCAGGAGAGGGCCAAGGCGGCGCGGCCCAAAUGGGAACCCCCCCAGACGAAACUGGACGAGGAGCCGGGGUGUCCAGGAGACGAGAGCAGCAGCGACACAGAGUGCGAGUCGGACGGCGAGGGCAGCAGCUGCUCCAGCAGCUCGGACUCCGACGUGUUCGACGUCAUCGCCGAGAUCAAGAGGAAGAAGGCUCACCCCGACCGGCUGCACGAGGAGCUGUGGUACAACGACCCCGGGCAGAUGAACGAUGGGCCUCUGUGUAAGUGCAGCGCCAGGGCCAGACGCACCGGGAUCCGCCACAGCAUCUACCCCGGGGAGGAGCCUGCGAAGACAUGUCGGCUAAUGAACAACAAUUCUGGGAAGCUGUACCACUACAGGAUCACUGUGUCUCCGCCCACCAACUUCCUGACCGACCGGCCCACUGUGAUCGAGUACGACGACCACGAGUACCUGUUUGAGGGCUUCUCCCUCUUCUCCCACACUCCUCUGACCAGCAUCCCAUUGUGUCGUGUGAUCCGCUUCAACAUAGAUUACACCAUUCACUUCAUAGAAGAGAUGACGCCAGAGAACUACUGCGUCCAGGGGCUGGAGCUCUUUGCCUCCUACCUCUUCCAGGAUGUCCUGGAGCUGUACGACUGGAACCUGACAGGCCCCGACUGGGACAACCUGGAUCCUGGCUGCCAGAAGUUCCACUUCAUGCCCCGCUUCGUGCGCUUCCUCCCGGACGGUGGGAAGGAGGUGCUGUCCAUGCACCAGGUGCUCCUCUACCUGCUUCGCAGCAGCAAGCCGCUGGUGCCUGAGGAGGAGAUCGCCGACAUGCUGCAGUGGGAGGAGACGGCCUGGCAGAAGUACGCCGAGGAGUGCAAGGGCAUGAUCGUCACCAACCCCGGCAUGAAGCCCAGCUCGGUGCGCAUUGACCAGCUGGACCGGGAGCAGUUCAACCCGGACGUCAUCACCUUCCCCAUCAUCGUCCACUUUGGCAUCCGUCCGGCCCAGCUCAGCUACGCCGGAGACCCCCAGUACCAGAAGCUGUGGAAGAGCUAUGUGAAACUGCGCCACCUGCUGGCCAACAGCCCCAAGGUCAAGCAGAUCGACAAGCAGAAGCUGACGCAGAGAGAGGAAGCGCUCCAGAAGAUCCGGCAGAAGAACACGAUGCGUAGGGAGGUGACAGUGGAGCUGAGCAGCCAGGGCUUCUGGAAGACCGGCGUGCGCUCAGACGUCUGCCAGGUCCUCUCCAGGGGUCACAACCAGAGAAUGGAGUUCCUGGGCGACUCCAUCAUGCAGCUGGUGGCCACAGAGUACCUCUUCAUCCACUUCCCUGAUCACCAUGAAGGGCACCUGACGCUGCUGCGCAGUUCGCUGGUCAACAACCGCACACAGGCCAAGGUGGCGGAGGAGCUGGGCAUGCAGGAGUUUGCCAUCACCAACGACAAGACCAAGAGGCCCGUAGCGCUGCGCACCAAGACCCUGGCCGACCUGCUGGAAUCGUUCAUUGCAGCCCUCUACAUCGACAAGGACCUGGAGUACGUGCACACCUUCAUGAACGUCUGCUUCUUCCCCCGGUUGAAGGAGUUCAUUCUGAACCAAGACUGGAACGAUCCCAAAUCCCAGCUGCAGCAGUGCUGUUUGACCCUGAGGACAGAGGGCAAGGAGCCUGACAUCCCCCUUUACAAGACCCUUCAGACCGUGGGGCCGUCCCACGCCCGGACCUACACCGUGGCCGUCUACUUCAAAGGGGAGCGCAUCGGCUGUGGAAAGGGCCCGAGCAUCCAACAGGCAGAGAUGGGCGCUGCCAUGGACGCACUGGAGAAAUAUAACUUCCCGCAGAUGGCUCAUCAGAAGCGCUUCAUCGAGCGGAAGUACAGGCAGGAGCUGAAGGAGAUGAGACGGGAGCGGGAACGCCAGGAGAAGGAGGGCGACGACGCGGACGAGAGCCGGAAGUGACAGCCGCGCCGCAACAGAUCUCUCAUUCCCUCUCUCUUGCUUUCUCUCUUGUUUUCAUUCUCGAUCUCUCUCUCUCUCUCUCGUGCUCUCUCUCUCUCGUGCUCUCUCUCUAUCUCUCUCUCUCUCGUGCUCUCUCUGUCUCGUGGUC